CAGCAGAAAAGGCUAGUCGGAGCGAUUUCUCAUUCUGUCCCGCUCUCAGCCUCUCAGGACGCCUUCAUCUCAUCUGACCUGCUGCCUACAUUCAUCCUCGGUCUUCACUGGAGGAUGCGUUGAGGUUCCUCGAGACGAGAGAUCGCGCUCCUACGGGAAGCAACAAGAUUAUGCAGAUACAGUUGAAGUGCAGUUGUGGAGAAGGAAACUGCCUUGAAUGGGCAAUUAUUGAAUUGCAAGGUGUGGUUGAAGUCCAACCGGGCUUCCAGGACCAAUUACAGGACCUCGAAAUUGGUCGGCUGUGUCGUCCUUCUCAGGACACCUACACUUUUACUGUUGGAUAUCAUGAACUGACUGGAUCAAAAGUUCCUCUGAAGAAACCUCUUGUGGUGCUGAAGAAAAUAAAACACUUACGCAUGGAGGAAAGUAGUGAUGUUAAUUCGUCCAGUUCUUCCGAGGUAGAGCUUGAAGUUAUUGGAAUCAUCAGGCACCGGAUAUUGUUCAAGACCAGACCAAAGGCCCUUAUAUCACGACCGCCGCCAGUUGUGAAGGAAAGAAACCAUGCAGAGGGAUCGGUUGCAUCAGGUUAACCAUGAAGCUUUGAGCCUCUGAGCGGGAGGAGAAAAAAAAAAUCAUGACGCUGCAAGCUUGUUGCUCUGCAAAGUUUGUGUGUAUCAUCAUGAACUGCCUAUAGUCCAGCGAUCAAAUUUGUGCUAAAACCUUGUUCUGUCGAGUAAGAGAGGUAACCUGGAUUUAUCCCUGAGUUUUGAGGAAACAACAGGGCAAGCAACUUGAAUUUCAUGCUC